AGGGCUGUGAGAAGUGUGCUGCUCCGAAAGUUUCCCGGGUUCACAAGUACAGGACAUGCACUUGUCUUCCUAGUCUACGUUGCCAUUAACUUUACGCUCAUGUUUCAAAACCUUCAUGGCGACCUACCAGGUAGCUUCGCGGGGAGGAUGGGCUGGAUUACGGCCUGCAAUAUGGCGCUCAUCGUAUUUCUGGCGUUGAAGAACACCCCUCUCGCUUUCUUAACAGCCUACUCUUACGAACGUCUGAAUAUCCUUCAUCAGGCAGCGGGGUACUGCACGGUCUUUUCCGGCCUCCUCCACGCCGUCGUCUCUCUCGCCACCCUGUCUCAAGCUAACGCUCUCAAAAUAAUGUUGCUGCGCCCUCAGGUCAUGGGAAUAGUUGCAGGGUUCACACUCCUCAUAAUACUAACCACCGCUCUUACCCUAAGAAAGAGAUACUACGAGGUAUUCUACGGGGUCCAUGUCAUCAUGUUCAUGCUUAUCAUGAUCUCACUCGGUCUUCAUCGACCCUAUCUUGGUCUGAAAGCUGUCUAUGUCUUUAUCUUUACGGCUUGCAUCUGGGCUCUGGAUCGCCUCUAUCGCAUUGUUAAGAUCAGUUCGCUGGCUCUCGGAAACACUGCCACUAUUAAUCCGUUGCCGCACGGAGGAGUCAGAGUCGUGGUCCGCCGCACACCGUGGAGAGCCGUAUCUGGCUCACACGUAUUCCUGUGGGUCCCGAAGAUCAGGGCCGUGGAAACACACCCUUUCACUAUCGUAUCAACCAAUCCACUAGAACUUGUCAUUUCAGCACACGACGGCUUCACUAAAGACUUGUUGUCUUUCGCUUCUGAGAAUCCGGGUGCUGUGCUGAGAGCUUCUUGUGACGGUCCUUAUGGGACGCUCCCUAACUUCUCUAAAUUCGACCAUGUGGUUCUGGUUGCUGGUGGGAGCGGAGCUAGUUUUACAUUUGGGACAGCUCUCAGUCUGAUCCGGAAGAUGGAUAAGUUGACGAAGAAACCAGUCAUCCAUUUCAUUUGGAUUAUUAGAGAAUAUGAACAACAAGGGUGGUUCGCCAAAGAACUCACAGAACUCAACGCCUCCCCUCAUAUCUCCGUCACCAUCCACAUCACCCGCGCAACCCACUCCCCAUUCCCUAUUCCCAAGGACGACAACAACAAAAACGACAGCGCCUCCCUCACCAGCCCAAGUACCCACGACCCGGAGAAACACAGCCCCGAAAAAACAAUCUCAUCGAUUUCCAGCUCCACAUUUGAGAAAUCAAUCGUCCGGGGACGUCCAGACAUCGCGGCGCGGAUCCAGGAAAUCGUAUCGCGGACGGGUAUGCAGGAGACGUUGAUCGUGGCGGCGUGUGGGCCGGACGGGUUGAUGGUCGAGAUUAGGAGGGCGGUGGCGGGGGUGGUGGGGAAGGGGGAUAGGAGUGUGAUGUUGCAUUGCGAGCAGUUUGGAUGGUAG